UCAGAUGGAGCCCAGCACGGGUCAGAGGUCGCGUGCUUCAGAGAAUCAAGGAUAACCUACUGAUAUACCGUUCAUUUGUUAUUGUGUAGAGCCGUGCUGAUGACGCGACACGAACACUUCCGCUCAGUUACUAUGACAACAUCGCGCGUCCGGUCUCCGAGCAACAGAAGCGCGUUCGGUUCAGCGAGCUCCGUCGCCGUUCCUCCGUGUUUCUCCGUGUUUCCGGUCGUAGCGCUGCUCGUAAAGCACUCAUGGAUUCCGCUGCUCUGAAAGCAGACGCUCUUCUGAAGCUGGAAGUCGAACACAAAAAGAAAAACGUGUUUGUAACGCAGCUGGAGGAGCACAGAGAGCAGAUCGAGGAGCACAUCAAGCUCAUCCCGGUGAUAACAGAGUCCUCCAGCGGGCUCCUGGACACCGGCGUCCACACGCUGCAGACCACACUAGUCCUGAAGAAGCGCUCUGAGGUGGACGCAGUGGACACACGGCUGAUGGACACACGGCAGGAGGUUCAGAGGAGCAUGAAGACCCUUCAGCAGAGACGAGCCCAGCUCCAGCAGAGACAGACGGAGACCAAACACAGGGCAGCAGAGUUUGAGAGGUUUGUGGAGGAGAACGAGGUGAAACGCCGCCGUGCGCUCAAGAAAUACCAGACGGAGAGAGAGCAGAAUGAAGUGAGAGAACAGGAGAAAGCUGAACUCUCCAAACAACUCCAGGACUUACAAACCAGGCGUCUGUCUUUACAAGAGCGAGUCAACAAAUACAAGAUAUUCGAGGAGUUUCUGAUGAAAACUCUGGAUUUACUUCCAGACAAGUAUGUGGGCUGCGGGACGGACCUGGUGACGCCCAUCAUCAGACGCUACGAGACGCUGACCGUCAGCCGACAGGACCUCCUGCAGCAGCUGUCCAGCCUGACGGACGAGAUGAAGUCCAGCCAGAACCACAUGGAGUCCCUCAGACAGGAACACAACACCUUUAAACUGAUGACCAACCAGGAGCUGUCCGAGCGGCAGACACAGCUGGAUCAACUCAAAGAGAGGAACAAACAGCUGGAAAUGAUGCUCCACAUGCACCUGGGCCAGUCCAGAGACCAGGUGGAGGAGGUCGGGAACAUAUUGAUCGCGGUGAAGAACCUGGCGGAGCAGUGUUAUCUGAGUCACUACGGAGCUCUAGACCUCAUGGACACCUGCACCAUGAUGGACAUGAUAAAGGAAUUCAUCUUGGAGAAAGCUGACAUGGAGAGGAGAGCCAUGAGACUCGUGGCCAGCAGCGGUGCGACUGUGAAGAAGACGUCCAGCAGGAGCCGAGCGCUGACCGCCCUGAAGACCCCGCCGUAGACCGGUCCGACCCCCAGCACACUCCAGCUCGGUC